AUGAAUGUCAACAUAGCAGUCAGACGAUGUUUCUCAACUGUAAAAUGUACCACAGUAACGCGACACGUGAUAAAAAAGACACAUGUGAGAAGCUGUUCAGUUAACAUUUCCGACAAUAAAAGGGACGAGUGGCUGAAGAGAUACCAAGUAGAAAAAGAGAAGGCAUACGAUGUCACCGGAAGCAGGCUAGUUAAUCCUAAAGCCAUAUUUGCCAAUAAUGAGACGGGACUGGAUAGCAUUGAUGUCUAUGGAUUUGAUUAUGACUACACAUUGGCCUCCUAUACUCCAGCUCUCCAUCAACUCAUCUACGAUCUGGGUCGUGAGAGUCUUGUCAACAAAUACAGGUAUCCAGAUUCCAUCAUGAACAUAAAAUAUGUGAAAGAUUUCUCUAUUCGUGGACUUCACUAUGAUAUACAAAGAGGCCUAAUGAUGAAGCUUGAUUCCUUCCACAACAUACAGCUUGGUACAGUGUUCAGGGGUCUACAGCAGGUGCCAGACAGUGAGGUGAAAGCUUACUACAAUGGAACCCAUGUUGCUCUUAAGGACAUGAAUACAUUCUAUGGAACUGGCCCCAUGCACCAGCUUGUUGACCUGUUUGCUGUUCCAGAGAUGACACUGCUAGCGGAUGUUACCGAGUUUUUUAUGCAGAAGGAAAUCCCAUAUGAUCCUGAAUAUGUGUUUUAUGAUGUGAGGUCAGCAGUCCAGGGAGUACACAUGUCAGGAAUUUUGCAUGCAAAAAUUAUGGAAGAUUUAGCAAAGUACCUGGAGAGGGGACCAGAGAUCAGCCAGGUCCUUCACCGUCUCAUCGACUCCAACAAGAAGUUAUUCCUUAUAACCAAUAGUGGAUUUCCUUUUGUAAAUGCUGGAAUGAAGUACUUGAUUGGAAAUGAUUGGAUGGAUCUGUUUGAAGUAAUUAUCUGCAAUGCAAGGAAACCAAAGUUUUUUAAUGAGUCAUCAAGACCGUUCAGAAUUUAUGACCCUUGUAAAAAGCUGGAAUACUGGGACAGAGUUUCUCAUUUACGCAAAGAUCGAGUUUAUCAGGAGGGAAACUUCAAUUUUUUCAGACAGAUGACAGACUGGCAUGGAGCCAAGGUUCUGUAUUUUGGUGACCACGUCUACAGUGAUUUAGCGGAUCCGUCACUGAAGCAUGGCUGGAAGACAGGUGCCAUUAUUCCUGAACUAGAGACAGAGAUCGGCAAGUCAAACUCAGACGAUUUCCAGGCGGCUGUGAGAUGGUUGUGUGUGCUCCAGAAUCUGAUCGAAGAAAUACAGGUUGACCAAUGUCCAGAGGUAAAGGAAAUCCUACAUGUGUGGCUCCAAGAAAGAGAUGAAAUAAGAAACUUCACAAAGAGCCUGUUUAACCCUAGAUUUGGCAGCAUAUUCCGGACGUACCAUAACCCAACAUACUUCUCACGAAGACUGGCACGCUUCGCUGAUAUCUACAUGUCGAGUGUAGUCAAUCUUCUGGAGUAUCCUGUUGACCAUACAUUCUAUCCUCGCAGGAUGGCCCUUCCCCACGAAUCACCUACUUACAGCAACAUACAGUAACAGGACUAGUGAGGUCUACCAAAGGGAAACAAACAGCAGGAAAAAUUUACAAGGGAGUGAAAGCAGAUAAAGUUAGGGUUGGGAAGGGUUAUUGACUGAAUGAGAAGAAGAUAAAUUUAGGGUUGGGAAGGGUUAUUGACUGAAUGGGAAGAAGAUAAAGUUAGGGUUGGGAAGGGUUAUUGACUGAAUGGGAAGAAGAUAAAGUUAGGGUUGGGAAGGGUUAUUGACUGAAUGGGAAGAAGAUACAUUGAGGGUUGGGAAGGGUUAUUGACUAAAUGGGAAGAAGAUAAAGUGAGGGUUGAGAAGGGUUAUUGACUGAAUGGGAAGAAGAUAAAGUGAGGGUUGGGAAGGGUUAUUGACUGAAUGGGAAGAAGAUAAAGUUAGGGUUGGGAAGGGUUAUUGACUGAAUGGGAAGAAGAUAAAUUUAGGGUUGGGAAGUGUUACUGAAUGGGAAGAAGAUAAAGUUUGGGUUGGGAAGGGUUAUUGACUGAAUGAGAAGAAGAUAAAUUUAGGGUUGGGAAGGGUUACUGAAUGGGAAGAAGAUAAAGUUUGGGUUGGGAAGGGUUAUUGACUGAAUGAGAAGAAGAUAAAUUUAGGGUUGGGAAGGGUUAUUGAAUGGGCAUUAACAAAGUAAAAGUAGGAUUAUUGAAGAAAACAUAUAAGUACGAGGGGUUUUAGAUAUUUGAGUUUGGGUUCUGAUUAAUGUGUUCAGAAAAUGUUUCCAUGUCAGGAAAUUAGAAUAUGGACAUGAUUGUUAAUGUUUGUAGAAUUUGUGCUUAAUCUUUACUUUGAACGAAGCAUUUUGCAUUAGAGAGAAUGCCUGGAAAGUAAUAAUUUAGCUUCUCGAUCCGUGUCUGAUCUUAUCUGGUUAAUUUAUAUAGGAAUUCCAAUUGAAUUUUUGAAAUGGAAAGGUCAUGUUAGCAUAUUAUUUUUGAAAUUCAAGAAAACCAAAAAAUAGAUGGAUUUGAGUAUUUCAAUUUUUAAUGCCCAACUGCCAGUUUUCCUAUGUGUCUUCCACUUGCUAUAUCUCCUUUUUGUGAUAUUUUUUUAAAUACAGUGUAUUUCUUGAUAUUUUUUUAUAGACACUUCAAUUUCUCCGAUUUGCAUGCCGAUAUCUUUUUACCUACUGUGUUCUGUAUGAACUGUUUUAGGAAUUUCAGACUUUAAUAGAACUACAAGUAUUAUGCACUGCUUUAAUAUAUUUACAGUUGAAUGAGAUCCCUAAAUGCUUUACCAUAUAUCAAUAUAUGAACAAAACCAUCAAGUUUUUGUAUCCUUAUUGGGAGAGCAUUAUGUUUUUGUAACAACGAACACUUGUCAGUUUGAGGUCUUUUUAGACAAAUAGUAGAUAGUUCCAAAGAUCCUUGGUCUGUUGCAAUUUUCCUUGUUAUCUGUGUAAAGUAUUUAUGUUUUUGUUUGUUUUUGUUUUUGUUUUUGCAGCACAAUUCACAGAUUUUAAGUUUCUUGUACUAAAACUGCAAGAUUGCAGCAUUAUAUGUAUAGCCACCUAUAUCAAAGUACAUUACCAUAUUUAUAUGCAAAUAUGUCCCUUUCUUCAUUAAGGAAGCUAAGAGUCAGUGUGGAUCAUAAGUAUUUGCCCUCCCCAAACUUUAAUUCUAUACUACAUACCUUUUUAUCCCCUGCUUUCAAAAAAAGGGGGUAUUAAUUUGGCCUGUCUGUCAUUCUUCUUUUCCAUGCAAUGACUGAAACAAAUCAUAACAGAUCUUCUUCAAACUUGGUAACAAGGUUAAAUGCCUGAAGGGCUAGCUUAGCCAGGUUUGAUUGCCACUUGUGCCAGAGUUUAUUUACCAGAGUUAUGGCCCCUUGAUGAACGAAAUGUCUGGUUUUCUGCUGUUUCCAUGUACUGACUUCCACAAAUAUUAUCUGAUUAUCAUCAAACUUAGUAACAGAGUUAUCGCCCCUUAAUUUAUGAAAAACAUAGUUAUUUGCCAUCAAAUAACUCCUACAAAUAUUUUCUAAAGUGGGGCCAUGGUGGUUAAUUUGUCCCAACACUUUAUCACUCUGGAUUGCGAAUUCGAAACCCAUGUGGGGCAGUUGCCUGGUAGUGACCGUAGGCCGGUGGUUUUUCUCCAGGUUGUCCGG